AUGAUUCGUCAUAUAGGAGUUACCUACCAAUGUGAUAAAUGUCAGUUAAAUUUUCCAUCUCAAUAUAAUUUAAACGUACACCUAGAUAAUCAUAAAUUGUUCUCAAAUAAACGUAAAAAAUCAAAUAUACUGUCAUAUGACAAUAAUAUUAGUGACGAGGAAAAUCCGCUAGAUGUUAAUCUUAUGAAUGAUAAAGUGAAAAUUAUUUGUGCAACAGGGAAUCAUUCAGAAAAAAAAAGACAAACAGCGGAUGAAGACUUGCUAACUGACAAAGAGUCUUGUCGAAAAACAGCUAAAACUCAUCAAUGUUCAUAUUGUCUAAAAUCAUUUCAUGCACGAAGUCAUUUAGAACGGCAUUUAGCUUCGCAUUCAACUUUAAAACCUUUUCUAUGUGCUCAAUGUGGUAAACAAUUCAGUCAGAUUACAACAUUACAACGUCACCAAUGGAUAAAACAUGGCAUUACCAAUGAUGUUAAUAAUAAACGAAAAAAUAGUACUGUUCAUGAACAAAUAAAUAAAUAUCGAUGUGAAUUUUGUUUGACAACAUUUUCGUUACAACAUAAUUUAAAAGCUCAUGUUAAAAAAUUACAUAUAUCAUGUGAUGAAACUGAUAAACAGAAACACUUAUGUCCGUAUUGUUCAUUAAAAUUAACAAACAUUUCAGCAUUAAAUAAACAUAUUAGUUAUCGACAUGGGAAACAGUUUCUAUUACAAUCUUCGUCAAAAUCAGCGAAGAGAAAUUCAAAUUGUAUAAAAUUAAAAAUUGUGUCUGAUAAUUCAAAUAAAAUUGUUCUAAAUUAUGGGGUAUCGACGCUUUGGAAUAACAACGUGCAGAAUUCAUCACAAGAAAAUGUUAUUUAUUGUCCAAUAUUAAGAAUUAAUCAUAAAACAUCAAUAGAAUGUAUUCAGCACCAAACUGACACAACUGAAGGCAAUAAUACAAAUAAGAGUCCAUCUACAUGCCAAUCACAAUUGACUUCUGAUGAUAAAGAACGAUUAUCAAAGCGACCACAAAUUCAAUUCAACUUUUCUAAUGAAAUGUCAGCAGUACAACUAACCGAACAUCAAGAAGAACCGAUAACUGGUAGUAAAAGUUCAGAAACAGUUAUUAAUUAUCUAAAAACACCUACUGAUAGUAGCACUGAUUGUUCAUUUUCAUUAUUUAAUAUAACAACCGAAAAUUUAUUAGAACAACUGACAAAUUUGAAUCAAUUAGUAAAAAAUAAUGACACAAACAAUUAUUCAGAUGUGGAAUCUUGUUUAAUCACAGUUGAUAAAACGAAGAAUAGUGCUUAUUAUACUUGGAAAAGUACGGAUGUAGCCGAGCCAGUUGCAUCGUUAUACAAUACAAGAAGUACAUCUGUUAAAAGAUUGAUGCGUGAAGCAAUGGAAUUAAAAGAUCCAACAGAAUUAUUUGCCACAAAUCCUAUUGAAGACAAUUUAUUUGAGUGGCAUUUUACAAUUAGAGGUCCACAAGAGACAGAGUUUGAAGAUGGAUAUUAUCAUGGACGUAUAAUAUUUCCCGUAGAAUAUCCAAUGAAACCACCAAGUAUAAUUAUGUUAACAGAAAAUGGUCGUUUUAAAACAAAUGAAAAGAUUUGUUUAAGUAUAAGUGGUCAUCAUCCAGAAACUUGGCAACCAUCUUGGUCCGUUCGAACAGCAUUACUUGCAAUAAUCGGUUUUUUACCAACGCACGGUGAAGGAGCAUUGGGCUCUUUGGAUUAUACACCGGAAGAACGAAAAAAAUUAGCUAAAAGAUCUCAAACGUAUACUUGUCCCAAAUGUGGUAUUAUUAAUAAUCAAAUUUUAUUACCAUUAUCAGACAAAUCGAUCGAAGCAAGAAAUGAAGCAAAAGAACUUGGACAUAAAAUUAAUGUACAUAAGAAAAAUGAUGGCCAAGAAAUAGAUGUCGCUCCAUUGUCUUCUGAUGAUCAACCAACCUUAGUAAAUCCAUCAUCGAUUGUUAACGAAAGUUUAGCAUCUCCAACUACUACCGAUUCACUUACAAUUGAUCCAUUAUCGAAUACAGUUCAAAAUAAUAUGCCAGCCUCUGGUAUUAUAUCAUCAACUCGUUCUUCUUCUCUCUCUCCAUCAGCGUCUACUUCACCAACACUAGGAUCUCAAACGACAAGUACACGAAUAACGGACUCAAAUCAUUAUGUCAGCAUGCUAUUGUUUAUUUUUUGUUUACUUUUAUCAUUUCUCUUUAUGCGUCGAAUAUUUUUAACAUUUGACAACAAACCAUCACCAAAACCAUUUGAUGACGAUUUUUAA